AUGGGCAUCACAAACUCCAAGCCAGAGAAAAGCCAUGCCCUCAAACUCUGCAAAGACCGGAAGAAAUUCAUAAAGCAAGCCAUCGACUCUCGAUUUUCCCUGGCUGCAGCCCACGUCUCGUAUAUCGAGUCCUUGAGAAACUUGGGCACAGCCCUCAGAAAGUAUGCCGAGUCCGAGAACAGAGAUUUUGAGGACGAGAGGAGUGCAUUUGGUGUUAUGAAUGGAGAUAAUGGUGAAUUGUAUGGUGAUGAUGAAGAGCCUGUGACUCCUAAAAUGGAGACUCCGAAAAAGCAAGAAAGUGAAAAAGUAGGAAAGGGUUCGGGAGUAGAAUCGGGUUCGAGGAUGAAUAGAGGUUCGGUGGAGAAGGAUAUAUGUGCUGCUGAGAGGGAAGAUCCAUCCGAGUAUAUAACGCACAGGGCAAAGGAUUUUGUGUGUAGUAUAAGGGACAUUGAUAACCGUUGCUUUAGAGCUUCUGAAUCUGGGAAGGAAGUAUCGAGGAUGCUCGAGUCAAGCAAAAUCCAUGUUGGGUAUGCUGAGGCCAGAGGUUCAUCGUCAGCCUCGAUUUGUAUGCCUUCUCUCGGAGCAGCUUGUUGCCAAGGUGGAAAUAUGAAUGUCACUGAUGAUCAACUUGUUACAAAGGUUAUCACAUGGAAAAGAACAUCUUCUAAGUCUUCCUCGUCUAAGAAUCUUCUUGCAACUAGGGAUGAUAAUAGUGACAGUGGAAGUGAUUUUGUCGAGGAGUUUUGCAUGAUUUCUGGGAGUCACUCUUCCACACUUGAUAGACUCUACGCGUGGGAGAGAAAGCUAUAUGACGAAGUGAAGGCUAGUGAGUCUAUACAAAAGGAAUACGACAGGAAGUGUGACCAGCUUCGGCACCAAUUUGCAAAGGAUAUGAGCUCUCAAGUCAUUGACAAAACCCGGGCAGCUGUGAAAGAUCUGCACUCACGGAUAAGAGUCGCACUUCAUUCGGUCGACACAAUUUCGAAAAGAAUCGAGAAAAUGCGGGACGAGGAGAUGCUGCCACAGCUCCUCGAACUCAUUCACGGACUGACCCGAAUGUGGAAGGCCAUGCUCGAGUGCCACCACUCGCAAUACAUCACAAUCUCACUAGCUUAUCAUGCUCGGGGCUCGGUUGUGGCCCCACCUGGCGAGACUCAGCGCCAGAUCAUCCUCCAGCUCAUGGACGAGGUCGAGUUCUUCGGCCUCAGCUUCACCGAUUGGGUCAACAGCUACACUUCGUAUGUCGGCUCUCUCAACAGCUGGCUCCAGAAUUCCAUCCUCCAGCCGCCACCUGGCGACCGUCACAAGGGCCGCCGGGCUGCCUUCUCCCCACGCCGCCACCUGGCGCCGCCAAUCUUUGUCCUCUGCCGCGAUUGGUCGGCCGGGAUCAAGUCCCUGCCCUCUCAGGAGGUCAGUGAUUCGGUCAGGGGUUUUUUGGCUGAGCUGAGGCGUUCGGUCAGGCACCAAGCUGAGGAGUCGAAAAAAACAGAUGAGAGUUUGACCGAGUUGAAGCCCGAUGAAGGUUCGAAUGUGGGGUCCAUACAGGGGAGUUUGACUAAAGUUCUCGACCGGUUGACCAAGUUCUCGGAGGGGUCGGUGAAGGUUUGUGAGGAUAUUCUGCAGAAGUGCGAGUCGGCUCGAAACGCGUACGAUAACUACAAGGCGCCACCCAGGUCGUUUAGCAUUUGA